GGCCGGCCGUGGGCGGGGGGGCGGGAAGCACUUCGGGGCAGUGGAGCCGAUGUCCGCCCUGAGGCGCUCGGGCUACGGCCCUAGUGAAGGUCCGCCUUAUGGCCGCUACUACGGGCCUGGGGGUGGAGAUGUGCCGGUGCACCCACCUCCGCCCUUAUAUUCUCCACGCUCUGAACCUCCCCAGCCUCCCGUUCCCUGGCGGGUGCGCGGGGGCGGCCCGACUGAGCCCACCUGGCAGGUAGAAGGCGGAGGAGGCGACAGCUACUAUCCUUCUGGGGGCGCCUGGCCGGAGCCGGGUAGGACUGCUGGAAGCCACCAGGAGCAGCCACCUUAUCCUAACUACAAUUCUAACUAUUGGAAUUCUCCUGUUCGAACUAGAACUCCUUACCCAAGUACAUAUCCUGUAAGACAGGAAUUACAAGGCCAGAGUUUAAAUUAUACAAAUGGAGCAUAUGGUCCACCAUACCCCCCUGGCCCUGGGGCAAAUACUGCCUCAUACUCUGGGACUUAUUAUGCACCUGGAUAUACUCAGACCAAUUAUUCCACAGACGUUCCCAACACUUAUCGUUCACCUGGCAACAGCCCAACCCCAGUCUCUCAUUGGAUGUAUCCCCAGCAAGACUGUCAGACUGAAGUGCCCCCUCUUAGGGGGCAGGUUCCAGGAUAUCCGUCUUCACAGAACCCAGGAGUGACCCUGCCCCAUUAUUCUUAUGGGGAUGGUAAUCGUAGCAUUCCACAGUCAGGACCUAGUGUACGACCACAAGAGGAUGCGUGGGCUUCUCCUGGUGCUUAUGCAAUGGGAACCCGCUACCCCUGGCCUACUGGUACACCGUCAGCACCACCUGGGAAUCUUUACAUGACUGAAAGUGCUUCAUCAUGGCCUAAUAGUGGCUCUCCUCAAACACCUCUGUCACCACCACCCCACCAGUCCAAGGAUUCUUCAUACCCCUAUAGCCAAUCAGAUCAAGGCAUGAAUCGGCACAACUUUCCUUGCAGUGUCCAUCAGUAUGACUCUUCGGGGACCAUGAACAAUAAUUCAGAUCUUUUGGAUUCCCAAGUCCAGUAUAGUGCUGAGCCUCAGCUGUAUGAUAAUGCCACCAAUGAAAAUCCUAGCCAUCAAGAUCAAAGUACUAAUCAUCCUGAAGAGUGUUUAUCUUCAGAUGAAGGCACUCCUCCAAGUAUUAAAAAAAUCAUAAAUGUGCUGGAGAAGGUCCAGUAUCUUGAACAAGAAGUAGAAGAGUUUGUAGGAAAAAAGACAGACAAAGCUUACUGGCUUCUGGAAGAAAUGCUAACCAAGGAACUUUUGGAACUGGAUUCAGUUGAAACCGGAGGCCAAGACUCUGUCCGGCAGGCCAGGAAAGAGGCUGUUUGUAAAAUCCAGGCCAUACUGGAAAAAUUGGAAAAAAAAGGAUUAUGAAAGGGUUUAGAACAAAGCAGAAGCCUGUUACUAACUUGACCAAAGAACUUUUAAUUUUGGUUAAUUACACUCUUUUUGAAAUGGUUGUUGAUGACUGGAAGCAAUACAUUCCAACUUUCCUUUGAUUUCGAACUUCACAAUCUGGCAAAGGACUUGGAAGAACAUUGUAGUAAGAAUGUUUUCAGACCAAUGAAAGUGAUAGGAAAAUGUGGAGUUACCAAUAUUGCCAAGUACAUUCAUUCCUUUCCUAAGAAAUUUAUGGGUAUUUCCAAGCUGCUUAUCACCAGGAAAAAAAAUAACACUUUAUGUAACAGGCUUAUCAGAAACCUACCAGAUGAGACUGGAUAUAAUCUGAGACAAACAGGCUCUGUCAAAUUUUUGUACAUUGUGACUGCUUACGAAGUACACUUCAUGUGUAAAUUACAGCUUGGACUUUAGCCUUCUCGGGUCUCUGUUUUGUGUGUUAUUUGCAGUUCAUAAAUAUAGUAUUACUCUCU